AUGAAACUGGUCCAGCACCCCAACGUGGUGCGCCUCUACGAGGUCAUCGACACCCACGCCAAGCUCUACCUCAUCCUGGAACUGGGUGACGGCGGCGACAUGUUUGACCACAUCAUGCGGCACGAGGGCGGGCUGGCCGAGGCGCGCGCCAAGCACUACUUCGCCCAGAUUGUCCACGCCAUCUCCUACUGCCACAAGCUGCACGUGGUGCACCGUGACCUCAAGCCCGAGAACAUCCUGCUUGGAGACGAGUACGAUGCCCCCGCUGUCG